AUGGCACCUAAGAAGGUUAACAAUGAUACCAAUGGUUUUUCCAAGAAAGCAAGUGGGGAUCACGAUAAGAAGGAAAUGCAUUACAGGGGAGUGAGGAAGAGGCCAUGGGGAAGGUAUGCUGCCGAGAUAAGGGAUCCCGGGAAGAAAACCCGGGUUUGGUUGGGCACGUUUGAUACGGCGGAGGAGGCUGCGAGGGCCUAUGACAAGGCGGCGCGUGAGUAUCGCGGUGCUAAGGCGAAGACCAACUUUCCGGUGGUGGGGGAGGUGGUUAAUUACGAUGAUGAGAAGCAGAGUUCUAGCCAGGGCAGCACCGUGGAGUCGUCGAGCUCUCCGGCGGUUUCUGCGGCGGCGCGUGAGGUGACGCGUCAGGUUGGUGGGGUGGGGAGGUUUCCCUUUGUGUACCAGCAGCAGCUGCCGAAUGUUAACGUUGUUGGUCCUGUCUGGUUUGUAGAUAGGGUGAGGCCUGAGUUUGUGACUCAGCGAUUACCUGUCCGGUUUGAACCGGUUGGUCUUGAGGUUUCUGGUGGGGCCCAGAGCGACUCUGAUUCAUCAUCUGUGAUUGAUUGCACGCCGAGGAGCGUCGCUGUUGCCGCCUCUGUCUCUUUCGGUGGGGUCAGAUAUCUGCUUCCAACGGAAUAUGUGGAGUGGAUAUCGCCUAAUACAUGCAUUGUUAACGUGUGGGAAAUUCAAAAGUCAGGUGCGAGGGGACAACGUGGAGCCACGACAGCACGUGAAGCGGCGACUUACGGCGCAGAGAAGCCGCGAGGAAAUUGUGACGUGUCGAAAAUCCCGCGACAAGGAAAACCACUACUAGAACGCCGCCACUGUUUUGGCGUUGAUUUUCUUUUUGUCCUGCCGUGGGACCUACCACCCUCACUAGCCAGGAAUUUUGUCAACACGUGUCACGUUAUUUCUUCCUAA